GCGGAUCCCCUGCAACCUCACAUCGAAACGAAAACCAACGUGAAUCUGGCAUUCUGCAUCACGCCUCCCAACCAUGCCUGCAGUUUCCGCCAUUUCGAUACGGCAUGGCGCAAAUGCCGGCCCUGGGCCAGGCGAAGACGACGAGACAUGUCCCGUCUGCAAAACGACCCGCUACUUCAACAAGGACAUGGAGUUCCUCAUCCACCCAGAAUGCUAUCACCGGAUGUGCAGAACAUGUGUCGAGCGCAUCUUCAAAGACGGACCCAACCAAUGCCCCUACGCUGGAUGCCAUAAGACGCUGCGCCUACGAGGCUUCAAGUCAGCAUACUUUUCCGAUCUUGGUGUUGAGCGCGAGGUCGACAUCCGUAGGCGCGUCGCGACCGUCUUCAAUAACGUAGAAGACGACUUCGAAUCGCUCGACGCAUACAACACAUAUCUUGAAGAAGUCGAGACCCUCACUGAUGAUCUUGUUAACGGCAACGACUUGCAGCGCAAAACGGCAGAGGCAAAGCUUGUUGAGUGGGAGGCCCAACACAAGGCAGAUAUUGAAAGGAAUAAGAAGCUCGCACGCGAGGGUGAUGAAGCACGACAGAAGCGGCUGAUUGCUGAGAAUGAAGCGUCCAGGCAGCGGAGGUUACAAGAUUUGCAGGAUGACGCUGAUGAAAAGGCGAAGAGCGCACGUUUGCGAGAAGAAGCAUUGGACACACUUGUCAAUUCUGAUAUCGGCCACGCGACAGAAGUCAUGAAGAAGAUUGAGCUCAAGAAACGCGGUCAGCGCAAUGUUGUAGCUACCACUGCGCCGAUGUCUGGUCUCUCUAUCCGCGGUCUCCGCGAUAAACAAGCCCCUAUUGUUGCUGAUAAUGGCCCAUACGACCCGUACGACGGCCUCAGCCUCGCUCCAGUACGCAUCGACCUUGACCCAAGCAGACUGCCCAAAUACACGAACGAAUGGAUGGUCAAGGUCCGAACAUCGCCCGAGUUUACAGCCGGUGGCUACUCCUCCGAAGAGUACCUGUCUCGGGCCCUCUUCGAAGCAUUUUCAGGACUGGGUGUUUUCGUUGGCGAUGAAAAGGAUAUAAAAGAGCCAGUUAAAACGACUGCAGUGGGAGGUAUGGAUGUUGACGAUCCAUUUUAAAGCAGUUGGUGUAAUAGUAAUUGUGGUGGUAAACUGUUGCGCGGAAUAUUAGCAUACAUUACGGCGUUUUGGUAGAAACUAGUUAGUUCUUUUUUAGCACGUGGAGUUCUGCAUUAAACAUGACAUUUUAACAUCUUUGGUAU